AUGAGUGUACGUGUGGUAGCUAGGAUACGGCCUCUGCUCAAAGCGGAGGCUGAAAAGGACCAAAUAUUAUCCAUACAUGAGGGUAGCGAUGGAAAGCCACAAAUCGUCAAGAUACCCAAUCCCAAGUCGCAGAACGAGGAAUACAGCUUUGCGUUUUCAGCAGCAUAUGGCGCAGAUAUAUCGCAGCAAGGUUUGUUUGAUGCAGAAGUUGCACCUACCAUCAAGCACCUGUUCCAAGGAUUCGAUGUCACGCUGUUCGCGUAUGGUGUGACAGGUAGUGGGAAGACUCAUACGAUGCGUGGUGGCAAAUUGCUUGCGGACAGAGGAAUGAUUCCACGACUACUGAGCAGCAUCUUCCGCAAGAGUAAGGCUCUAGAGAAAUCAAGUAAUGGCAAAACCACAGUCGAUGUCCUCAUGAGUUAUUACGAGAUCUAUACAGACAAAGUGUUUGAUCUCUUCGAGCCACCAGAGAAACGCACAAACACCGGUCUACCCAUUCGAGAAGCUGAGGGAGGAAAAACGGUCGUGGCUGGUCUGUCAGAAGUCCCAUGCUCAAGUUUGAAAGAGUUCGAAUUUCUUUAUGAUAAGGCAAAUGCCAAUAGAAGUGUUGGGUCCACCAAGCUGAAUGCUGAGAGCUCGAGGUCGCAUGCGAUUCUGCGAGUAAAAGUUACCAUCUCUACCGCGACCGAGUCUCGAGCCUCAACCAUAUGUGCUAUUGAUCUGGCUGGGUCCGAAGACAACAGGCGUACGGGCAACGUGAAGGAGAGAAUGGUGGAAUCAGCUUCAAUCAACAAGUCAUUGUUUGUACUCGCUCAAUGUGUCGAGGCCAUAAGCAAGAAGCAGUCACGGAUACCCUAUCGCGAGUCAAAAAUGACACGAAUACUGAGUUUGGGGCAAAAUAACGGACUUACUGUGAUGAUACUCAACCUUCCACCCACAAAAGCCUUUCAUCUCGACACUCUGACCUCUCUCAACUUUGCAAACCGAACGAAGAAGAUUGAGGUUAGAGAGGUUGAGAAUGAGCCCAUCUUCAAAGGUCCUCCUCGGCCUCCUUCCACGACCAAUACGGGAGUGGUUAGAAAACCUCUUCGACCAUUGAGCAAUAUAUCCACAAACGCCAAUAUACUUGCCAACAAGGAAGCACAGAUUGACAAGGAGAAGCCAAUUAAAUUGUUCUCAGUUUAUGCUGACAAGUCUCAUACUGGUACCGGUCGAUCUGUGCCGCAGAAAUCUUCACCAUUGAAGCGUACUGCAACCGACAUGCUUGCAUCUUUUCGUCCGCUCAAGCAACCUCGACCAACAACGUCUACUACAUCUCUUCUUCGUAAAGGCCCUCCCGAAACUCAGAAAAUAACUGCCGCGACUCUCGAUGCUCUGGUAGAAAGGAAGGUGUCAGAAAUUCUUGCUGCACGAGAGCAAAAUGCGCCGCCACCAUCAGCAGCAAUAGAAAAAGCGAUUCCAGCAGAUGUCCAAGCUCGCCUCGACUCAAUAGAGCGCCGUCUGGAAGGUCAAGAAGGAGAAAGAGCCGAAGGUUUGAGCUAUCUGUUCAUGGCUAAACAACACCAGGCAAGAGGAGAGGACUUCAGUGCACUUAAGAUGUAUGAACUGGCGCAGCCUUUCUUCCCUGCUAACGAGAAGCUACAACGCAAGAUUGAAAAGUUACGUACGAAAGUGAUUGAGAGCAGGAAAAGCAAACAGGAAUCUGCAGAGCCAGAGCGCUGUCAACAUGGCCAAAAUCUCGAAGCUGAAGAAGAUGUUCGACCAGGCAAACAAGAUCCAAAACAGGGUCGAAGAGAUGAACCUGACGUGGACGAGAGCUAUGGACAAGAAGCAGAAGCGGAAGCAGACACACAUUCCGACGGCUCGCCUCCAAUACGCAAGAAAAAGUCCUCUAAACCCUCAGACUCAACUUCAAAACACUGUCCAAUCUCUGCCUCAAGAGAUUCUCCCGACCCUCUAAUCGACAAUAGUACCUCCGACGCCCCACUAACACCCAGAACAAUCCACCUCAUAUCUAUCCUCAACGCACGGAGCAUAUCUCAGCUCAAAGGACUUAGCGGUCUAGGCACGAAGAAGGCGGAGUCAAUCGUACAACAUCUUGAGGACCGCGGAGGCGCAUCUGGCUUGGAGUGUUGGGACGAUGUGCUUGGGUUGGAGGUCCGUGGUAUUGGGAGGAAGACUUGGGAGAGUGUAAGGGAAGGGUUGAUUGUGUAA